AUGUUUUGGAUAUUUUUUGUUUUACUGGUAUUUUCAAGUGGUGAUUGCAUUCUUAUCGGUAAAAUAGAUAAUAAUAUAUUGAUCGGUAAUAUAUAUAAAUCAUUAUGGAAUAUAACACAAAGUCAAUGUAUAUGUGAAAUGAUAAAUUCAAAUGGAGCAUUAUCGACAUUAAAUUAUUUUUCAACAAAUCAGACUUGUCAAUUAUUUUAUACGAGUUACAGUUCGAUUUUAAUUGAAUUUAGUCUCAAUUCUUCUUUAAUAUUUCUGAAUCAAUCAGCAAUAUUCAUAGCACAAAAUCAGAUCACUUCAACAACAUCAUCAUCAUCAAUAUCAACAUUAUUGUCAUCAUCAUCAACAUCAACAACAACAUCAUCAACAUCAACAACAACAUCGUCGUCAUCAUCAACAACAACAUCAAUAGCAGUACGAGUAUGGGCAGCUACAGGAAACAUGGCUGCACCACGAUAUAGGCAUACAGCAUCUACACUAGUAAAUGGACAAGUAUUAGUUGCUGGUGGAUAUAACGGUUCGACUUAUCUGAAUAGUGUUGAAUUGUACAAUUCAUCAACAGGCACUUGGACAACUACAGGAAACAUGAGUUCUGCACGUUUAGCUCAUACAGCAUCCGUAUUAACAAAUACGCAAGUAUUAGUUGCUGGCGGAUAUAAGGGUAGUAAUCUCAAUAGUGCUGAAUUAUACAAUCUAUCAACAGGUACUUGGACAACGACAGGAAACAUGAGCUUUGCACGUGAUAGUCAUGCAGCAUCUAUAUUAACAAAUGGACAAGUAUUAGUUAUGGGUGGAUAUAGUGGUGGUUUUCUCAAUAGUGCUGAAUUGUAUAAUUUAUCAACAGGUACUUGGACAACGACAGGAAACAUGAAUUUUGGACGUGAUGCUCAUACAGCAUCCACAUUAGCGAAUGGGCAAGUAUUAGUUACUGGCGGAUCUAAUAGUAAUGGUUCUCUCAAUAGUGCUGAGGUAUACAAUCCAUCAACAGGUACUUGGACAACUACAGGAAACAUGAGUUCUGCACGUUAUGCUCAUAUAGCAUCCGUAUUAACAAAUGGGCAAGUACUGGUUACUGGUGGACAAGGUACUGGUGGUGCUUAUCUCAAUAGUGCUGAAUUGUAUGAUCCAUCAACAGGCACUUGGACAACUACAGGAAACAUGAGUUUUGCACGAUCUAUACAUACAGCAUCCAUAUUAGCAAAUGGUCAAAUAUUAGUCGCUGGUGGAUACAACGGUGCUAGUUAUCUCAAUAGUGCUGAGUUGUACAAUCCAUCGACAGCUACUUGGACAACUACAGGAAAUAUGAGCUCUAUACGACAAUAUCACACAGCAUCCAUAUUAGCAAAUGGGCAAAUAUUGGUUACCGGUGGACAGGCCAACAUUAGUACUUAUCUUAAAAGUGCUGAAUUAUAUUAA